CUCAGUGAGUCUCCCAAUGGCUACCGCAGAGACGCCGGUGGUCGCCGCCGCCGCUGCUUCUCGCAAGCGGCGGCCUAAAGCCCAGUACUUGCAGGCCUCCAAACGGGCCCGGCUGGGCGGAUCGCGGCAGCUGGAGCCGGGCAUGUGCGGCAUCCUCAUCACCUGCAACAUGAACGAGCGCAAGUGCGUGGCCGAAGCCUACAGCCUGCUGGGCGAGUAUGGCGAGCAGCUCUACGGGCCUGAGCAGUUUGCAGAUCAAGAUGAGGAUGGGCUGUCAGGGGGGGAGGAGGAGGAGGAGGAGGAGGAGGACGAGGAAGAUGACGCUGAAGCCGCUUUGAAAAAAGAAGUGGACCAGAUCCGGACUUCGACGGAGCAGAAGCUGCGACGGUUCCAGUCGGUGGAGAGCGGCGCUAACAAUGUGGUUUUUAUUAGGACAUUGGGUGUAGAACCCGAGAAGCUGGUGCAUCACAUCCUGAAGGAUAUGCAUGCCACCAAAAAGAAGAAGACCAGGGUCAUCCUGCGCAUGCUGCCCGUUUCGGGCACCUGCAAAGCCUUCGUGGAGGACAUGAAACGGUAUUCUGAGACCUUCUUUGAGCCUUGGUUUAAAAGUCCCCAGAAGGGCACUUUUCAGAUUGUUUACAAGGCUCGGAAUAACAGUCACCUGAGCAGAGUAAAAGUCAUCAGUGAACUGGCAGGAGUCGUGGGCCACCUCAAUCCCGAGAACAAAGUCGACCUCAGUAACCCCGAGUUCACCAUCGUAGUGGAGAUCAUCAAAAAUAUCUGCUGUUUGAGCGUGGUGAAGGACUACAUUCUCUUCCGGAAGUACAACCUCCAGGAGGUGGUGAAGGGCAGCAAAGCGGAGGGCCUGCCGGAUGCUCUGAGCGCAUCUCCCCAGGGUGGCUUGGAAGAUGCUCCGCCACUGGCGGAGAAGGCAGAAAGCCAGAAGGAGCGUGAAGGGAAGGCCGAGGCAGAAACCAGACCACCGGCGGCGGCGGCGGCAAAGCCAGGAAGCCAGAACGACUGCGAAGAGAAGGGUGAGGCGGAAGCCCAGCCAGCAGCAGAGAAUGCGGAAAACCAGAAUGAGUGCCAAGAGAAAUCUGAGGCAGAGGCCAGCAACAACCACAGGGACUAGCAGCAUUAAUGAAAUUGCUGGGGAAAGAAUGUGGAGAAUGACUGGAUAUUUUGUCAGUAGUUUCGUGUGUUUUGUUUUGUUUCGUUAUUUUCUUUUUAAACUCUACAGUCUGGUUUAGGCAUCUCAGCCCCAUCACAGUUUGGCUGUCGGGGCCAGGACUCGGGUUCAAACGCUCCCUCCUGGUCUUGAAACCUGCUCUGGUUUACUCCUUCACCUCCUAGCCUGUGAUAACUCCCCUUUAGUGUUCCAUCCGAAUCGUGCAAACCGUGGUUCCCGCAAACCAUCGUUAGCCUCCAGACCAGAAUCGGCAGCCACAGUUUGAAACGGCUUCCCAGUUUUGGGGGAAGGAGUUGGAGCGUACGAGAGCGGAAGGGAGUAUACAAGGCAUGGGCGUGUAACAGCCAAAUCUGGACUUGGCUGUGACAGCUGAACCAAGCCCCUGACUACACUCCUGCAAAAGCUGGUCGGAAUUAAUUUCCGCUGAGAGCAACCCAGCUGAAGCGUGCAGUCAAAAGACUAAAAAUGCUUGUGAUUUCAUUGAGGCUUAGGUCUAGCUUUUCCAUUGCAUCACAUCUUCUGUGUGUGUCUUAACAGUCACACUUAAAUGCCCCCUUUGCUGCUGGAGUUAGCGUUAAAACCCAGACACGCGGCAACGUCUGUUGCGUAGUUGUUUACAGCCCAAUGACACGAUCUGUGUUGGCCCCUCUCUUGGUAACUCGUUGGUCUCACUUCUAGAAGUGAGAUGGCGUACGCUUCUAGACACCCUACGCUUCCAUCCCCAAGCCGGUGAGCCUCUUUCAUCGGGUCUGGCGUAGCUUCAGAUUUCUAAACAAUCGCAAAUUCUGAAUAAACUCUAAACUACGAUCUGGAACAACGACCUAAACAAUGAGCAAUUUAAAGUGCGUUUGUGUGGGUGGGGGGAGGGGUCUUUUUAUUAAUGGAAUUUUUUUUAUUUAAAAUUUGCAUACGAGUUUUAUAUUAAAAGCCCUCUUGACAACA